AAAGGAAUGAAUUUCGAAACAAUUUUAAGUAUUAAAUUGAAAAAAUCUGUACAUGCUUUUCUGUAAUUGUCAAAAAUGAAGGGAAAAAUUUCAAAAAAGUAAAAAGAAGUUCUAUAUAUUUUCUAAAUUUUCAAAAUGUUAAGCUAAAGCAUCGCAGAAGAUUGUAUUGGAGUAUGAGUGGACCCGUACAGCGGAUAUUGCUAUGUUGAUUUUCUAGGUCGAGUAAUCAUCUGGGUUUUUGUCUUUUAAGGAUGUCAUAUUUCCUGAUUGUUUCAUUUUGUGGAGUGACGGGAGUUGCGUUUUUCUUAAUCGGAGCCGUUACCCAACAGCACAUAACGUACACCAGGGUAAAGACUGUUGCCAACCAGGAUCCCUAUGUUUAUCGCAGCCGUCAUAGGUUAUACAGUGCGCUGGGAUUCCUGGGGGUGGAUUCUGAUACCUCUCCGGCAGGUACGAGAUCAUCAGAAAAAGAGAGAAGGAAUAAGUCCACAAAGUUGGUCGCAAAUGAGGAAGGACGUAGUGUCGUUGAAAAAGCCAUGUCCUGGGGAAGUUCAAGGCUUAAAAAAGUGAUUUUUUUUAUGGCGUUCUCCCUUGGAAAACGGGACUCGUACGAAGGGGAAGAUAUUGAAAAUGUGAACAAAAUCAUGAAGUACGGAUUUCCAGGAAUGGAUGACAUUCAUAUCUAUAAGAAUUUUGUCGUUUCAUACGAUCGUCGUAACCGGAUCGCCCACUGGGUAUGCGAGUGUCUGGGCGUGGACUGCCUAAUGCAGAGGGAUCCCAGGACCCUUGUUAAGCCCACUGAGUAUAUAACGGACUAUGCCAUACCGUCCAUGUUUUCUCCCACGAUGCGGGAUUUUCGAAACAGUGACUGGGUUGGAGGUCACAUGGCUUCGCCUCAAAACUACAAGUGCGACUUUGUGAAGUUCCUCGAAACCUACAAGUUCCCCAACAUAGUGCCCAUCCAUCGGGGUCUCAAGACUAACAUUUGGCAAAAACUGGAGCAUUAUGUAAGGCUAUUAACGCUUCGGUCGGAUGCCGUUUAUGUGUACACCGGUCCCAUGUUUAUGCCCCAGAGGAUUACCUUCCGAAAUUGGGCUAUUCGACAUCAUGUCAUGGGCGUGAACACAGUCGCAGUGCCCACCCAUUUCUUCAAGGUAAUCAUUAGCGAGCAGAAGGGGGACUUCGAUCUGCCCUACAUGGAGGGAUACGUGGUGCCCAAUGCCGACGUCGACAAGAACAUGGAUCUUCGAUCAUUUCUCUCGGAUAUCCGGGAUAUCGAGCACUUCGCUGGACUUAAGUUCUACGAGGGUAAAGUGCGAAACGAACUCGGCAUGAGUAUUGUGGAAAAUCCCAACAUGGAAUAUGACCUUAAUAUUGAAUAAACGUAUAGUGUGUUUCACUGACUUUCUGGCUAAAUUAUAAA